AUGAUGCGGAUCCGUUAUCCGUUCGCAGGAGCAUUUGUCUUCCUAAUUAUCCUUGCCGGGUACAUCGGUCUUCUUCCACACAGCGCCUCUUCGACAAUCCCCACAAAUCUACAGCCAAAUGACAAAUUCCUUCACCUGCUCACCUUCUUCCUCUUGUCGCUAACGUUUUACUGGGUCCUCGAUACCACCCGCCGACGCACCUUACAUUUGACUCUUCUGGUCUGCACCCUUGGUCUUAGUGUUGGAUCGGAAGUGAUUCAAGGUUUCCUCCCUAAUGACCGUGCCUUUGAUCCAUUCGAUAUUGUCGCGAAUGUGGUCGGAAGUCUCGGUGCAGUUGGCCUCUGCGGCUGGUACCAUCGUCGCAUGUUGGAACGCCGCCGGAAGAGCCGCUUUGGAAUGACCGAAGGAGGGGAAGAUGUUGAGCUUGGAGUUGCGCUGGGCGACCGUUCUGUGCAUGAUGAUGAUGAUGAUGGUCUCGGUCCCCAGGAAUCCGGGGUCAUGUCCCUCGAGCGGGAAGUAGACACCUGGGACGAAAAUGCCGUUGAUAACUGGGAUACUGAGGACGGUCCCGGGCCAUCUGAACCCAACUCUCCUCCAACUUACCAUGAGGACCGAAAAGCCAGCGCUACGAGCGGGGGACCGGUCUUAGAACAUGCCGGGAAGCGCAGUGACUGA